UUCUGUACCGACACACGCCGCCCUUGCUCUGCCGCUGGACUGUUUCUCUCGCCGGAACUCGAAUGCUUCCCGGCCGCCGUCGCUGUUUCUUAUGUUCCUGAAUUAACUACUGAGUUCUUUUCUUCUUGCUCUUAAUGGCAAUGGCGUCUCUUUCUAAACGUUCGUCUCUUAGUCCGCCUCAGCCGGCGGCCGCCGCGAAUCACGAUCUCAAGCAACGAGUUAUUGCCUGUCUCAACAAGCUUGAGGACCGGGAUACACUUGCUAUGGCGGCGAAUGAGUUGGAAUCAAUUGCUAAGGCUCUUACCUGUGACUCAUUCGCGCCAUUUCUUUCGUGUAUUCAUAAUACUGAUUCGUCGUCGAAAUCGCCGGUGAGGAAGCAAUGUGUAUACCUUCUUGGUUUUCUUUCUCAGUUUCAUGGAGAUUCCUUGUCUCCUUUUGUGUCGAAGAUGAUUUCUACUGUUGUUCGUCGUCUUCGUGAUUCAGACUCUACAAUCCGAUCUGCUUGCGUUGACGCUAUGGCUUUGAUGUCGUCGCAAAUCACGAAGCCGCCAUUCUCGGUUUUCUUGAAGCCGUUGAUGGAGACGCUUACGCUUGAGCAGGAUCUCAAUUCGCAGACUGGUUCUGCUCUGUGUCUCGCGGCUGCGGUUGAGGCGGCACCUGACCCGGAUGUGUUGCAGCUGCGGAAGAAUUUGCCGAGGUUGGGGAAAUUGGCUAAGAACGAUGGAUUUAAGGCGAAGGCUGCGUUACUGGCGCUUAUUGGGAGUAUCAUUGCUGUUGGUGGUGCGACGAGUCGAAGCGUAUUGGACUGGCUGGUGCCGUGCAUUGUUGAAUUCUUGAGCAAUGACGAUUGGGCUGUAAGGAAGGCGGCCGCAGAAACUCUCGCGAGAGUGGCCGUCGCUGAAAGGGAUUUGGCUGUCGACUACAGAUCAUCGUGUAUUAAUUCUUUGGAUAGCCGGAGAUUUGAUAAGAUCAAGGUCGUUCGGGAGACGAUGAACCAAACUUUGGAGUUAUGGAAAGAGAUACCUGACGCUUCUGGAGACAUCUCAACUGAUAAUGACAAUGGCGGAUGCUUUCCUCCCACUUCCACAUGCCCCCAUGAAGACAGUUUACGAACACCAUUGAAGAAAACAGUCCCCACUAGCAGGUCCUCUCCAAUGGGUGUAUCGCGUGUGACUAAUAAUAAGAAGGUCAGUCCAAAGAACACAGAUAAGACUUCAAGCACACCCAUAUCUAAGCUGGAACGCCAGAAAUCUUGGAAAGUUGAAAUUGCAGUAUCAAACUCCCCCUCCUCAAAAGUUAAUUCUGGGAACAAUGCUGUUGGGGAAGAUUCUGAAAACAUAGAUUUCCAAGGGAAUGGUAGAAGUGGAAAUUCCAUUUUCAAUGCGAAACGAGUUCUUUAUAAUGAUGUGCGUGAUGAGAAAGUUAACAAGGCCAGCAAUUUGAGAUCUGGGUCUCGCGUAGUUCCAUUUGAUGAGCAUGGGGACAUUCAGGAGCAUGAGAAUCGAGACUCGGAUGUUACCGUUGACAGCUCAAGUGAAGAAGCUUACGGGAGCUACAAAGAUUUUGAAGUUAUCUCACUCAUUCGUGACCAACUUCGUCAGAUUGAGAACCAACAAUCUAGCCUUCUAAACCUUCUCCAGAGCUUUAUUGGGAGUUCUCAGAGUGGUUUGAAUUCAUUGGAGAAACGAGUACAUGGACUGGAGAUGGCAUUAGAUGAAAUAUCUUACGACUUGGGUUUGUCAAGUGGAAGGGUCACUAAUAGCGGGUAUGCCGAAAACUCAUGUUGCAAGCUGCCCGGUGCAGAAUUUUUAAGUUCCAAGUUCUGGAGGCGAGCAGAAGAGCGGCAUUCUGGUUCAAAGUUCUGUGUCGCCUUGCCUAACGAUCUGCAUCAUACACUCGAAAGAGACGUCAUUUCCGAAUCAAUUAAGCAAAGUAGAGGAGGAUUUGUUAUGAAUCCGUUGGCCACCAUUGAUGGUGAACUUAGAGAAAACUUGGGACAGUAUCCAAAAAGAUUACUGAAACCUAUAAUCCAAGAGAGUGAUAGUGUGCCUAUUCACAAUGCAUGUGGGAGUGAUUAGGUUCAAAAACAGCCCAAAUUUCAUCUGCAGGGUUUUCCUAAUCAGAGCAAGCAAGGGUGUCGUGAAAAGAGGCCAAAAGCGAUGAACAACGGAGUAAUUAUGGCAUUAAGCUCAAGAUUGAAGGAAAGUGUUUGGGGGCUAUCGAUGCUUCACGGGGGUCCUUUUGGAUUAUAAUGGUGAAUGAUGGCAGAGGAGAUGGUCUUCUUUGCCACGUGAAAACUGACAGAAGAUUUAAAUCCUUCUUUAUCACUUCUUUCUCUCUCACUCAUCUCCUUUGGCAAGAAGGUGAAGAAAGAGCUGAUGGUUUUGUAUGUAUUGCCAGUGAAUAGCAUAAAAUGGAAGCACAGUUCUCUUUUAGCUUGC